AUGGGAUCGUUCCGUGGCGGAGCCAAGUCCACGGGCAAAAUGUCCUUUUUGCAGUCUCCACCGAGUUUGGCUAAAUUGCAGACGGACAGCUCUCAAAAGCUCGCCCAAGUCUCAGACUUUCCACUCGACUACAACAUCUUUCUUUUCAAGGAAAUCAAGCAUGCGAGAGAGAGGGAUGUUCAGGAGAUGAUUGAUUUCCGUCUUGAUCUAUUUGACAGCAUUCCGCAGGACCACAGCUCGCUGAUCUUCCGAGGACUCGAGAAGAAGCCGGACGGGAACUAUGAGCUUGUCCCAACGACGACCUCGAAAUUACAUGACCGCCUGCUGGAGAUUCUCAUACUAGAGAGACACAGAAGAGAUAUACAGCAACUGAGUAAAAUCACCGGCAGGAAUAUAGAAGCUGUGGAAUUGGCUGAUCCAAAUUUGUAUGAAAUCAAAUCCCCAAUCUACCAGCAAUUGCUUUCUACAAAAGAGCAGUACCAAACUAGCUUCAAGCGGUUUGCAAUGCUGCAGAAUAUUGAGUACGAUUUCGAGAACCGACUAGAUGGAUCCGACGUCAGCAGCGACGAUGAUCUGGUACAGCAAUUUUGUACGCAAGAUGUUAUUGAGGUGGAUCCACAGAAUCUCGACGAGCUCCGACUUGCCCAAAUUUUGAUUCCACUGGCUUCGAAAGCUAUUUUUGGUUGA